AAUGAAAAACCUCUAACCAACAACUAUCGUAAGUGUAGACCGUGACAACGUUAUUUGUUCAGUUUAUUUACUUUUCUCGCGUUGUCUGCUAGGAGGAAUGCAUGUUUGAAUGAUUAACCUAUAUAUUCAGUACAAUUGAUGAAGAGAUACAGUACCACAAGCAUUUUCGAUGAUUCUCCCCUCGGAUAUGCUCAUUUAGAAACACCAGAAGAAAAUCCUACAGUGAGCUUGGAUCAAUGGGAUUUGAAUUAUUUGGAGGCUUCCAUUUACCUUGAGGAAGGUGAAAACAAUGACAAAUUUACUUUUCAUCCCAAGAGCCGAGAUGCACUUCCUGCUUAUAACCUUGUGCAUAAUCAAGUGUUCUACUGUUUUGACCUUAUAGCCUCAAUUGCUCUUUUAUCAUUAGCUUUGACUGAGAAGCCUGCGGUACCUGGAUUUGCAUUACCUGAAUGGAUCCAUGCAUCUAUAGAAUUAUUGUGCCUAUUUCUUAUGUGUGUAGAAGUAUUUAUGAAAGUAAGAUGGAUGGGAAGUCAAGCAUUUUUACGUCACAAAAGAAGUGUCAUAAAGUUUAUUGUUUUAAUCAUUAUGAUAAUAGAGGCAUUGGUUGUAUUGGGAAGACAAACAAGCCACUUUCGUGUUACAAGAGCUUUAAGACCAGUUUUCCUCAUAGAUAACCAUUACUGUAAAGGCAUUCGUAGAGUGAUUCGACAAAUCAUCCAGUCCCUUCCUCCAAUUUUGGAUAUGUUAACAUUGUUGUUGUUUUUCAUGUUGAUCUUCUCUGUCUUAGGUUUUUAUCUCUUCCGUUCAGUCAAGGAAGAUACAUAUUUCACAUCAUUGCAAGAAAGUUUUGUUAGCUUGUUUGUUCUUCUUACUACUGCAAAUUUUCCAGAUGUUAUGAUGCCAUCAUAUGCCAUGUCAAAAUGGUCGUCCCUCUUCUUUGUAGUUUUCAUUAUAAUCCAUGUCUACUUUUUGAUGAACUUGAUGUUAGCUGUUGUGUAUGAAACCUUCACUCGCAUAGAAAAAGAUAAGUUUCGAAAAUUACUUCUUCAUCGUCGUAAAGCAUGCCAGCUAGCGUUUCGUCUUCUUGUCACAAAAAAUUCACCAUUACAAAUGAGCUUUCGUCAUUUUGAAGGUUUAAUGAAAUAUUUCAAGCCAAGAAAUAGCAAAUUGGACAAUUAUCUGAUGUUUAAAACAUUAGAUAUACAUAAAACUGGAUACCUUACAAUGAGCGAAUUUUUGAAUGUAUUUGAAGCUAGUCCAUUGCAAUGGAAACCUAAAAGACAAGAUGACCUUUGGUUUAUGCACUUGAAAGGUUUUCCAUUAAAAGUCUUUACAGGAAUUAAUAAACUUGUAACCCAUAAUACAACAGAUCUUGCCAUCAAUGCUGUUAUUGCAGUUAAUGGAGCAUGGCAAAUAAUGGAAGCGUCUGAAGUAUUUGGUAAACAGAAAAGAGAAGCCUUUUAUGAAGAAUGUGAUGCUGUUAGCUGUGAUGCAUCUGAAGAUAUUUAUGGAUGGGUAUCUAUUGCUUUUGUAACAUUUUAUACUUUGGAGGUUUCACUUAAAAUUAUGGGCCUGGGAUUCUUUGAAUACUUUGGUUCAAAAUGGAACCGGUUUGAUUUUGGAGUUACCGUUCUUGCAAUCUGUGGUUUGAUAGCUGAACAGUUUCGUUUCCCAUUUUCAUAUGUGACCAUUCUUAGAACAUUGAGACUUCUGAGGCUAUUUAAGCUCAAGAAAAGGUACAGAGAUGUUUUAGGAACAUUGUUUAUCAUUUUGCCACGGUUCCUAAGUGUUGCUCUUGUAUUAGUUAUUUUAUAUUACUUCUUUGGCAUUAUUGGAAUGGAAGUAUUAUCUGGCUAUAACCUUGUAAAUUGUUGCAAGAAUACUACGGUAGAACAGUUUUAUCGUUUUGAUAAUGACAGUUCACUUGAUGGAUAUUAUUACUUGAAUAAUUUUGAUGAUUUUAUUACUAGUCAGAUUACGCUAUUUGAGUUGAUGGUUGUCAAUAAUUGGUUUAUUAUGAUGAACGGAUAUGCAAGUGUUGCAACAGAAUGGAGCAGACUUUUCUUUAUGUCUUUUUAUAUUGUUACCAUGGUAGUUAUAAAUAUUGUUGUUGCUUUUGUUUUGGAGGCGUUUCUCUUUAGGAUUCAGUAUAAACGUUACACAGGUGAUAUGGAUAAGGAAACUCUUGUUAGAGUUGAUAUUGGAUUAAAUCAGCGAGAAAUUGAUUUUUCCCAUGCUACAAACACUUACUUAUCUAAAUCACAACUGAUGUCUUUGGCAAAUGAUCAGACUUCUGAACAAGUGAUUUUUAGAGGCACAAGAACUAGGACUAAAUUCUCAUUUUCAUUAAAAAUGUAUGCUGAAGAAGUGAAGAAAUGGCUAAAAGAAGCUGAGGAUGAAGAACAACGUCAGAGAGAAUUAUUGCUCAGUCAACUUCAACAAGAGCAACUUAUUCAAAAUAAUCUUUCUGAAGAGUAUUUACAAGACCUACAUGAUCGUACAUUUACAGUGUAAUUUUUUAAAGUGCAUUUUGAAGAUUUAAGAACUUUUCUAAAUAUAUAGAAUGUGCUUUUACUCUAACUUAUUAUGAAACAAUAUUUUUAACAUCUAAUGAACGAUAAAUUUUAACAAAGCCAUGUCUUGUAAUUGUGUAUCUGUAUUGAAGCUAAGUUUUUCUGAGCUUUUUCGUUUUUAUGUAUAUGAAAGCUAUACUGCUGAUUUAUUCUAAGAAGUUUUGAUAAACUUUAAACAUAGAUCAGGCAUAUUAAAGAAUAUCAUUUUUACAUAUUUGCUCACUAUGGCAAUACAGGAAUUAAAAAGAAGGAAGGAAAAAAUGGCUUAUAAAAGAAGUUUAUCAUAUAAUUAAUGUGUGGAAAAUAAUAAUUGAGAGUGUUCAAAGUUUUAAUUAAUUGUUAUUAGCAAAUUUUAAUUUUUGAAGUCCAUAUUGACAUUUGUGCAUGUAGGUCACUGCAAGAGAAAUGAGGUAUUACAAUUAUAAUAUUGCUUGCUCAAAUUCAUUGGGUCUGUCACUGCAUUAUUUCUGUAUGAUUCCAUCUUACUAUUGCUGUGUCUUUAAUUUAUGUUACCAAACUUAUUUCUGAUCUAAAACUAUUUCUAUUUUCUAUUCAUUUGACAAUCUUACAAUAUGGUUUUAUGAAAUAUUAUUUUUUCAUAUGUCUGAUCAGUUUUUAAAGAUUCUCAAAAUACUUUCAAAUCACAAUAUAUUUAAUGAACAGAACAAAAUUGAUCUGAUUUCUUUGAAAGAGAACCCUGAUGUUAUUUGUAACAAUUGUGAAGUGUAUUUUUUUAAAGCUCAUACUCAUUUAUUUAGAAAAGUUUUUCUCUGUCACAUGAGCUAUAAUAAUUUUUUUUUUUUAUUUAUGUAGGAAUUCACCUAGUCAGUGAGAGAUCUUAAUAUUAACUACUUUAUAAUUAUUUCUGUUCUUGAGCAAGGUACUCUUUUAAGAUUCCAAAUGUAUGACUUAUUUUAUGUUUAUUGAAAUAUUGUGAAUACUGUUUGUGCCUUUAAAUCAAAGUAAAUUAGGUAGCUUAUUUUAAUCAGAUUUUAAAGAUGAUAUAUAAUAGUAUACUGUAUAUAUGAGACUAAAAUAAUGUAUUUUUGAUGUAUAGAUAAGAUAAAUAUUUUCUUUGUUAAAAAUUUUCAUGUGCAUUGUUCAUGUGUUGUGUAAUUUAUGCUGUACAGUUGUUUGAGUCAUAAUUAUGUGUUAUGCAUUCAUCUGUUAAUUUUCUCAUAAUGCGAGCUUUGAACUAUGUAAUAGCAAAUCUUUUAUUGGAAGAUUAGCUUUUGUCUAUUUUUUUAAAAAGUGUGGUUGAAAAUUUAUAUUUUUUGAGGGUUUAUAUAAUAUAUAUAAAACAAAAACUGACAGCAGUUCAAAAUCAAAACCUAUUGACUGCUAUAGUUAAUGAAGCAUUAAUUGCUUAUAUUUUAAAAUUAAACAAGCAGACAUUUAAUGCAUUAUUUUAAACAACACAAGUGGUUGUAUUAGUAUAAUUAAUACAAAAUUAUAUUUGUCUGACAAUUUUUAUUUUGCUUAUUUUUUUUUUGCAAAGAAAAAUAUGCAACUUUUUUUUUCCCCCCCAUGAAAUAACAUGCUAUUAUCUUAUUGGGUAAAUAUUGGCGUUAGUACAUGAUGUUCUCUAAAUAAUGAAAUUCUUUUUAAGCAUUUGCUGUUCAAUUUGUUAAGAGCAUAUUUAUUCUUAUUUCUACCUAGUUUUUUAUUUAUUUCUUUAAUAAAGGAUAUAAGGGAGCAAGUUUUUAAUUAGCCUAUCAUAAACUAUAGAAAAGUACUUUUUAUAAUCUGAUAUCUAUUAUAUUUUCUGUUAUUUCUGUUUCAAAGGAUGAGAAAUUGAAGUAAUUGUAUGUUUAUUUAAAACUCAAUUCACAUUUUUUUUAUCAUAAUCAUUUGUUUGAAUAUGUAGAAGAUAAAGAUCAAAAUUCUUCUUCAGAAGAAUCUUAUUUACUUAAUGAGGUUUUGUAAAAAUUCUAUGAAUUUCAUUUAUCUAAUAUUUAUUAUUUCUGAGUAUUUAUUAGUUACUGUUAUAAAAAUCUGCAAUUGUAUCCUAAGGUAUGAGAUUUAUUAAAUUAAAAUGAAUGUUUCAUUUAAUUUUUUAAUUAUACUAUUGUAUUACUUAAUCAUCUGUGUGAACUACAUAUAUGACAUCCUCAAAUAGUCGACAUAAGUUUACAGAAUUUAUUUUUGAAAAUUUUUGGAAGGACCAAAAAAUUUUUGCCCUUAAUGAGAUGGUUAUGAUUUAAAAUAAAGCUUGUAAUGGUAUAUUCUUGAAAUUAUUAUAUUUUCUGCACAUUUAUGCAACAUGUUUUAAUUUUGUAAAUUCUGAAUAUGUGCAUUGUAUUUUUCUUGUAAAUUAUCUCUUCUAUAUAUUUAUAUUUCUGAUUUUUGUUUGAGAUGAAUUUAUUUUAAAUUUUAAAAAUUAUUUACUACAGAAAGUUGUAAGAAUUUAAGCAUGGAAUAGCAUUAUUUAUAUGCUUGUAUAAUUGUUACAAAAUCUUAUAAUUUAUCUGAUUUCGUAUUAAUUUUCGGUAAUUUGUAUGCUUUUUAAUGCCAAAAUAUUUUUGAAUCUCUGAGUUGUUAUUUGAGCAGGAUGAAGGAAGUAUUUUGAAAUGAGAUUUUGAAUGUAAUUCUUUUAAAUUUAUAUUUUUUAAUUCAAAAUGUAUUUAUUAAUCUAUUUAAAAUAUUUUUAAAUCUAAGAAAUCAUUUUUGAAAUGUUUUAAGAGUAAUUUUACUGAUCUUAAGAUAGUCAAAAUUUUUAUUUUACUGUGUGUUUCAAGCAUCAUUACCAAGUCUUCUUCUUGCACCAUAAAAUUGUAUCAUUCACUCAAAUCAACAUUUGAAAAGAGAAAGGAGAGAAGUAAUGUUAGCUUUUAUCAACUUGAGACAGCCAUAGCUCUAACUAUGACUCUUGUGUCAGAAUACAUUUGAGCUCGUUUUUACCAAAAAUUCUUUCUUAUAACUUGUUUCAUUAUUUUUACAGCAGAAUAUGAAGUAUAUUUGUGAUUUACUAAUUAUUUAAAGAGCAUACUAAUUUUAACUGUAUUAAUUUUUACAUUAAAGAUUUCUGACUAUAACUUUUUUCAACCUAUAACCAUCUCAGGUAGCAAAUUUUCUGAAUCUUUGAAUGUACAAAUAAAAUUAUUUCGAUCAUUUUCAAUGACUACAAUGUGAUAUUUGCUUACUCAUAAAUGUUUAAUUGUUGUUGUUUGUA